CGUGGUGAUGUCUACGAUAGCAGCAGUAAUAUUAAGAGGGUUCGUUAUGGUUACAGAAACCGUUCAUGGAGAUUAAUCGAUGGGUUCCCAACCGAGGUAAAGAAACGAACACUGGAAUGGAGGGAUGAACGGUGCACCUAGACGCUGCCGCUUCAAUACGCAUGACGAGGUCUUUUGUUCGUCGAUCAAAAUCGUCGAUCAACACCUAUGCAGACCAAAGUUGUGACGAGAUUACAUCGUUGAGUAUUCCAUCAAGGCAUAACGUAACAAUGGUAAUGGUACGCAAUAGCGGCGAUACCUCCGAUUUAGAUCGAGUACUUAAUAUCUUACCCAUUGCUGCCGAUGCAUCGUUCAAAUCAUUCAAGCGACAGCACGAACCAACCUGCCACCCCGAUACCCGUGUCGCCCUCCUCCGAGAGAUAUACAACUGGGCUGAUGGAGAACGCUCACCAUUCAUCUUCUGGCUGAGCGGUUUGGCCGGCACUGGCAAGUCUACAAUAGCGCGAACAGUGGCCGCCAGUUACUCUCAGAAGGGUCAACUUACGGGGAGCUUCUUCUUCUCACGGACCGGGGGGGAUGUUGGUCGCACCGGAAAGUUCAUUACAAGUAUUGCAUUCCAGCUUGCGAAUGCAAUACCAGAUUUGAAGCCUAAGAUUUGCGAUGCUAUAUCUAAGUGCAAUAAUAUUUCAAGCUGGUCUCUCCACGAUCAGUGGCACGAACUCAUUCUUGGUCCCUUAUCGAAACUUGACGACAAGGAUUGCCGAUCGAAACAUGUCCUUGUUGUCGACGCGCUUGAUGAGUGUGAAGAUCAGAACAAUAUUCAGAUUAUUUUACAACUUCUAGCUGAAGUUCAAUCAUUAAAGGUUAUUAAGCUACGAGUGCUUUUAACGAGCAGGCCUGAGGUUCCGAUCCAGCAUGGGUUCCACCAAAUACGAGAAGACGAGCACCAAGAUUUAGUACUUGAUGAUAUUAAGCGGUCGAUUAUAGACCACGACAUUUCUGUUUUCCUGAGAGGCAAACUCAGACUUAUUGGACGAGAAUGUCGAUUUAAGGCCGGCUGGCCGGAAGACAGAGCUAUCGAACGCCUAGUCCAGAACUCAGGGGGAUUGUUUAUCUGGGCUGCAACAGCCUGUCGGUUCAUCGAACAAGACGGCCAGCUUGCAGAAACACGACUGACUUCUCUUCUAUGGGAAGGCAGUGGUAUACUUCUACCAGAGCGGAAGCUUGAUAAAAUAUAUACCACCGUCCUCACCAAUUCUCUCCGAGGAGAAUACGAUAAAGAAGAAAGCUGGAGGCUGCACAAGCUAUUUCGCCAAAUUGUUGGACCUAUGGUAACGUUACGAGAUCCGCUAUCCGUAUCUAGUCUUGCGGAGCUGCUUGGGAAAGAUGUCCACACUUUAAAACGAACCUUGACCAACUUAUAUUCCGUUCUCGAUAUGCCGAACAUCGAGACAAAUACCAUUCGGCUUCUCCAUCCAUCAUUCCACGACUUCCUUCUUGACCAGAGCAGAUACUCGAAUCCUCAAUUUUACAUCGACAAGAAACUCGUCCAUCGUCUAAUUUAUCAAAACUGUCUUCAAGUAAUGUCAAAGCACCUACGGCGCGAUAUCUGCAAUCUCCAACAUCCGGGAGCUUCCACAGCCGGCUUGAGCGGAACCGAAUUAGACAGACAUGUCCAACCUCCUGUCCAGUACGCAUGCCGGUUCUGGGUAUAUCAUUUCAAGCGAAGCGAUAUGGACAUUGGCGACUACGAUGACAUUGAAGUAUUUCUCCGAAGGCACUUCCUUCACUGGCUUGAAGUACUAUCAUUGCUAGGUUGUGUCUCUGAUGCGACUUUUAUGAUUGAUAUGCUAGACUCAACAUUGAAUAUGCGAAUCGAGCAACCUCAGAUGCGAUUAGGGCUUCGUGAUAGAAUAAAAUCGACCUUUCUACACCGCCUUGACCUCAAGAAUGAAGGAACAACACCUUCUAGUUUACAAGCUUUCAUACAUGACGCUAUACGCUUCACCGUAACUUUUCAACCGGUUUUGGAAACGUCACCACUACAAGUAUAUUACGGGGGUCUAACAUUUAGUCCGAAUGCGAGCAUUGUCAGGAAGAACUUCUUGAUUGAAGUUCCAGCUUGGAUCUCAUGCAUGCCCAAGGUGUCGGAAAAAUGGAGCCACUAUUUACAGGUGUUCAAGGGCCAUUCAGGCCGGGUCACGUCCGUGGACUUCUCGCCGGACAGCAAGACGCUGGCAUCAGCAUCAGAGGACGCAACGAUCAGGGUGUGGGACGCCGGGUCCGGAAAGGCGCUACAAACGCUUAAGGGCCAUUUAGACUGGGUCAUGUCCGUGGCCUUCUCACCGGACAGCAAGACGCUGGCGUCGGCAUCGGUGGACGCGACGGUCAGGGUGUGGGACGCCGAGUCCGGGAAGGCGCUACAAACAUUUAAGGGCCAUUUAGACUGGGUCGCUGCCGUGACCUUCUCGCCGGAUAGCAAGAUGCUAGCGUCAGCAUCGAGCGACGCGACGGUCAGAAUAUGGGACGCCCGGUCCGGAAAGGCGCUACGGAUACUCAAGGGCCAUUCGGGCAUAGUCAAGGCCGUAACCUUCUCGCCGGACGGUAAGACGCUGGCGUCGGCAUUAUGCGAUGCAACGGUUAGGGUAUGGGACGUCGAGUCCGGAAAGGCGCUACGGACACUUAAGGGCCAUUCGGGCUGGGUCGCGGCUGUGACCUUCUCGCCGAACGGCAAGACACUAGCGUCGGCAUCAUGCGACGGGACGGCCAAGGUGUGGGAUCUCGGGUCUGGGGAGACGCUACAGACGCUUUAUGGCCAUUCGAACGUGGUCGCAGCCGUGACCUUCUCGCCGGAUGGUAAGACACUAGUAUCAGCAUCGUGGGAUACGACGGUCAGAGUAUGGGACGCCGGGUCCGGGGAGGCGCUACAGACGCUUAAGGGCCAUUCAAGGGCCGUUAAAGCCGUAGCCUUCUCGCCGGACGGCAUGACGCUGGCGUCGGCAUCGGGAGACACGACGGUCAGAGUGUGGGACGCGGGGUCUAGAGAGACGCUACAGACGCUCAAGGGCCAUUCGAACCGGGUCACGGCUAUAGCCUUCUCGCCAGACGGUAAGAUGCUAGCAUCGGCAUCAGAUGACGCGACCGUCAAGAUAUGGGACGCCGGGUCUAGAAAGGCGCUACAGACGCUUAAGGGCCAUUUGAACCUAGUCACGGCUAUAGCCUUCUCGCUAGACAGCAAGACGCUAGCUUCGGCAUCAGACGACGGGAUAGUCAGGGUAUGGGACGCCGGGCCCGGAAAGGCGCUACAGAUACUUAAGGGCCAUUCGGGGUGGGUUACGGCCGUACUCUUCUCGCCGGACAGCAAGACGCUAGCGUCGACAUCAUGGGACGCGACGGUCAGAAUAUGGGACGUUGAGUCCGGAGAGGCGCUACAGACGCUUAAGGGCCAUUCGAACGUGGUCAUGGCUGUGGCCUUCUCGCCGGACGGCAAGAUGCUGGCGUCAGCAUCGGGCGACGCAACGGUCAGAAUAUGGGACGCCAGGUCCGGAAAGGCGCUACGGAUACUCAAGGGCCAUUCAGGCUGGGUUACAGCCGUGACCUUCUCGCCGGACGAUAGGACGCUGGCGUCGGCAUCGUGGGACACGACGGUUAGAGUAUGGGACGCCGGGUCCGGAAAGGCGCUACAGAUACUCAAGGGCCAUUCGGGCUGGGUCGCGGCCGUAGCCUUCUCGCCAGACGGCAAGACGCUAGUAUCGGCAUCGUGGGACGCGACAGUCAGAAUAUGGGACGCCGGAUCCGGGAAGGCGCUGCAGACGCUUAAGGGCCAUUCAAACCUGGUCGCAGCCGUGGCCUUCUCGCCGGACGGCAAGACGCUGGCGUCGGCAUCGUGGGACACGACGGUCAGAAUAUGGGACGCCAGGUCCGGAAAGACGCUACAGAUACUCAAGGGUUACUCGGGUCGGGUCACGGCCGUAGCCUUCUCGCCAAACGGUAAGAUGUUAGCGUCGGCAUCGUGGGACAUGACGGUCAGAGUGUGGGACACCGGGUCUAGAAAGUCGCUACAGAUGUUCAACGGCCAUUCGAACGCGGUCACGGCCGUAGCCUUCUCGCCAGACGGCAAAACGCUAGCGUCCGUAUCGGACGAUACGACGGUCAGAAUAUGGGACGCCGGGUCCGGGAAGGCGCUACAAACACUUAAGGGCCAUUCGAACCGGGUUACGGCCGUAACCUUCUCGCCGGACGGUAAGACGCUAGCAUCGGCAUCGGGCGACGCAACGGUCAGAAUAUGGGAUGCCGGAUCCGGGAAGGCGUUACAGACGCUUAAGGGCCAUUCGGGCUUUGUCGCAGCCGUGGUCUUCUCGCCAGACGGCAAGACGCUGGCGUCGGUACCGUGGGACAUGACGGUCAGGGUGUGGGACGCCAGGUCCGGAAAGGCGCUCCAGACGCUUAAGGGCCAUAUGGGCAUAGUCAUGGCCGUGGCUUUCUCGCCGGACAGUACGAUUCUGGCGUCGGCAUCGUGGGACGAGACGGUUAGGGUGUGGGACGCCGGGUCCGGGAAGGCGCUACAAACACUUAAGGGCCAUUCGAACCGGGUUAUGGCCGUAACCUUCUCGCCGGACGGUAAGACGCUGGUGUCGGCAUCGAGCGACGCGACGGUCAGAAUAUGGGACGCCAGGUCCGGAAUGGCGCUGCGGACGCUCCAGACGAAUUUCAGUAUUGGCAGCUUAUCGUUUACCGAAGACGGGUCGUGUCUUAUGACUAACAGGGGAUUACUAUAUAUUUGGGAUCCUUCCAAUCCCACAGUUCUUUCUCAACCCACGUCUCAGCCGUCAGCAUUUAUCGAGGAUGAAUGGGUAUGGUAUGGUGGUGAAAGAAUUCUUUGGCUUCCUUUAGAGUAUCAACAAUCAACAUGUACUGCUGUCCAUGGUAGUACUGUUGCGUUUGGGUAUUCCUCUGGUCAGGUUUUAAUUAUUGGAUUUGCGUUUGAACAUUUGCGUUUGCCUUUACCACCUCCCCAGUCAUCUCCGUUGCAGUUACGCUCUCUUUGAUUUCGCCAUUAAUAGGACACUAAUGAGGAAGGGAUGAUUGGAAACAGAUGAUUGGAAAUACAAUGGCUUUUGAAACUAAACUAUAUACUCUUGAAGGCCUGCAGAGAGCGGACUCUACACCUCCACCCAGGGCAGCCUGGGAGCCCAUCGAAGACGAUACCGACAAUUGCCUUCACGACGCCUGCGCAGCA